UAUCAAACAACCCCUCCAGUCAGCGAGAGCGCAGCAAAACCUAAGAAAGAUAUCACACGUCAUCACCGGCCGGAGAUGGCGGCGGACGUCGGCACGGACGUCCCCUGCGACCGCCUCAGCGACCUCCCGGACGCCAUCCUGGUCUCCAUCCUCUCCCUCCUCCCGCUCGACGAGGCCGCGAGGUGCACCGUGCUCGCCCCCCGCUGGCGCCGCCUCUUCUCCUCCACCCUCCUCCUCGACUUCGACGCCACCAUGCCGGGCCGCCUCGACAUAAUCGGCGCCGGCAACUCCAUCCUCGCCGCGCACCCGACCGCGCCGGUCCGCUCCUUCCGCGCCCGCUGGCGCUACACCCCCCAUGACAAGGACCCAUCCAGCGGCGGCUGGCUGCAGGAGCUCGCGCGCCGCGGCGUCGAGGAGCUCUAUCUCGACCUCGACCUCCACCACUGGCAUCAGAGGAUCCCGGUCCCCCUCUUCGACUGCUCCUCCCUGAAGCGCCUCCGCGCGAGAGCUUGCACCUUCCCGGACGUCCCCAAGGGCAGAUUCGGCGCCGCGCCCUCACCUCCCCUGGCACGCCUGACCGAGAUCGAGCUAUAUCGGGUCGUCAUCUCCGAUGCCUUCGUGAACUUCCUGCUCUCGCAGUGCACGGCACUGGAGCUCCUGAGGAAGCAUGGAAGGAAAAAGUGCGGCCGCGUCCAUGUUCGAUCUCCAAGCCUCAAGAUCCUGAGCAGCGAUGGCAACUUCGAUAAGCUCUUCAUCGAGUACGCUCCCAGCCUGGAGUGGCUGUUGGGUGAGUACAUGUACCUGAAAGGACGAGGGUCGAAAGGGGUGUGCCUCAAGAUUGCGCAUGCGCCGAAGCUGAAGUUCAUGGGCUACCUCAGCAUGAACUUACAAAAGAUUGAGAUUGGGAAAACAAUCUUCACGGACCACCAAAUUAUUGUGAAGACAUUGAUGCCGAGCCUAAGGACACUUGCAAUCGAAGUAUGCUACACAUAUGAGGGGUACGUCGAUUGGAUCAAACUGCUCAACCUGUUCCCUUGCCUAGAGGCGCUCUACAUCAGGUCACAAACUCUGUCCAGGAUCCUAGGCGCUGCAUCAGAGUCGUGGGACGUGUUGAGACACAUCCCCUGUGUCCAUAACCACCUCGAGAAAGUGGUGUUCGAGGUUUACAGGGGGCACGAGUGGCAGCAGGAGAUGGCCAAAUUCCUUCACGGGAGAAGCAGGGUCCUCAAAGCCAUGGAGUUCCACUGCAUGCGUGGAAGUGAUGGCGGCGAGGAUCGUACAAAGCCACCGAGUGUAGAAUGGGUCAGGAAGCAGCAGGAACUCCUCUGCCUUGACAGCCGCGCAUCUAAGGAUGCUCGUUUGCUCUUCUUCAGGGGUCAGCUGCCAUUCAAUCAUUGGCAUAUUUGUCACCAUGAGUGGUACAAGAGAGUACUACGAUGAAAUCUACGAGGUCUGAGUUGAACAAAUCAUGAUUCGGGGUUAGAGUUAAUGCUUGAUUUUAAUGGUUCUGAUUGUUCCUGAGCUUUUUGGUAGGGGAUUGAUUGGUGUUUUUCAGUUGCCAUGUAGCCUGAAAUGUCAUGUACUAAUAUGUUACUUUCUUUGUAGUUCGUCUUAUCAGCUGCUAAUUGCUGUUUUGCUAGCAAUGGUGGGUGGUUCUUCAGGAUAAAUUGGAUACUUAUA